GGUAAAAUCCACCAAAUGUGGCAACCUUGAUUACUUGGAUAGAUACUUGAUUCUGCAAAAAGCCGUGCGUGCGGUAAUUCGUUUGUUUAAAGUGUUAAACAUUUAGCAUAAAAGAAACAACAUGGGUGUACAAAUUGUGCCAAUUUCUCCCGGUGAUGGUAGCACAUUCCCCAAGAAUGGCCACACAGUGUCUGUUCACUAUACCGGUACCUUGGAAAACGGAACCAAGUUCGAUUCUUCUAGGGAUCGCAACAAGCCCUUCAAGUUCACCAUUGGCAGGGGCGAAGUAAUCCGUGGCUGGGACGAGGGCGUGGCUCAAUUGUCCCUUGGCCAGCGUGCUAAAUUGAUUUGCUCUCCCGAUUAUGCCUACGGAUCACGUGGUCAUCCCGGUGUCAUUCCACCAAAUGCCACCCUUCACUUUGAUGUGGAAUUGCUUAAGAUCGAGUAAAAUGUGGCGCAUAUGCACAAAAAGAUAUGUGGAGGAGGCACAUUAGUACCACAACUCUAUAACCAAACAACAACAUCAAACAUCUGGAAAUGUAUGAAUCAAAGUUGCAUUUAAACAACACAAAAAAACGGAAACUAAUCGCUCUACCCCAAGUAAAAUAACCCACAAGAUUAUACAAGAAAGAAAGAAUAAACAAAAAUAUGUAGUCAUUUACACAACAACAACAAGAUUUAAUACAAUUUUUCUUAUACUCUUAAAACAAACAAACAUUAUUCUUCUUCAUAUACGAAAACAAUUCAAAUACAAAAAAAAAUCAAUUUAUGCAUGCAUAAAAAAUAAACUUAUUAAAAAAACCUAAAAAGAAAGUACUUUAUCAAAACUCUAUAUUUAAACAUAAUAACAAAAAAACAGCAAGCAAAUCAUGAAAAAAACCAAUGAACAACCUACUCAAUAUAUAUUAUUCUUAUUACUAAAUGUACCAAUUUUAUACAAUCUUAUACUAUACAUAAUAACUUGUAUACAACACGAAAUGAAUGUUUGUCCGGCAUUCAUUUUGUGUUCCUUUUUUAUAUAACUUUUUUUUUUUGAUUUUCAUAAAAUGAUGAUGAAUAUUUAUGGUGUGGUCUAAAGGAAUUCCAUACCUCUGAAUUCCUUCCGCCCAAUUUAUACUACAACAACUACUCUAUUUAACAUAACAAAAAGAAAUACUGGCUUGGAAUAAUUGCAAGAAGCUGUAUGCGCUAAUCUUAAUUGAAUGUAGCCUAAAUGUUAAGGAAAAAGAAAAAAAAAACAAAACUUAAUCUUCCCAUACUUUAUAAUUGUAAGCUAAUUGUAUUUAAAGAAGUAAACAAAAGACAUGUUUUAUUUCCAAAAAAAAUUCCAAAAGUCAACAACUAAUAUGAAUUGUGAAUCAAAUAUUAUCUUCAAACAAAUAACAUCUUAGAAAAAUCGUCAGAAGUUAAAACAAAAACAAA